AUUUGAUUUUUAUGUCGAAUAAUACUGCUAUUACACUGAAUUAAAGAAUCAACUAAAUGAAAAAUUUAAGAAAGCUAACUUAUGAUGGAAUAAAACCUAUAAUGUCUUAAUUCCAUGAUAAUUCAAGAGAGAUUUAUAGACCUCACUAAAGGAAACAUGAAUUCGAUUUUUUACAGAAAUAUGAAAAACCAGGUAAAGACAUAAUAUUAUUUUGUUUAGUUAAUUUUUAAUUUAGAUAAGAUAGAAGGAGUUCUAUUCGAACUUCUGUACAUCAGUCAAAUUUAAAUUUUAGACUAUAACCUCGAACAAGUAGUAUUAAAUUACCUAGUUUUCAUAAUAGAAAAAAUGUGAGUAAAUCAAUCCAUGAGAUCUUUUCAACUAAUGAUCCAUCUGUGAAUUAAAGCGCAUUUAGAAUUCAUUGA